AUGCCACCACAUGAGAAAGACGUUGAAAAUGGAGGGGAGCUAGUUGGAACGAAGGGCCUAAAACCUUUUAACGUGACAAAAGUUGUUACAGAAAUAUCACCAUCUGAAAAUAAUAAUGGGAAUAUAUCAAACGGUGUUCCAAAAUUGGAUAAAGGUGAGGUAAAGAAACCAGACACCUAUAAGGCGAUAUUGGCGCAUGCAAUAACCGGUGGUCUAAGAACUUAUCUUUUGGCACAUGGUGCACGUGGAGCGCUAAAUUUUAUCUUACAUUUAACAAUGAUGUUACGAAAAAGAAAGUUAAGGAUCGGACGCGCAUUUAAAUACGGAUUUUUUGGUAAAGACGCGUUGCGUUUUGGUUUAGCUUUUGGCGGAUUUUCUUUUCUUUGGAAAUUAAUUAACAACGGGUUAAGACACACUCGAGGGAAAGAUGAUAUGUGGAAUGGGAUGGUAGCUGGUUCAAUCGCUGGACUGUCAAUAUUGGCAGAGAAACGUGAAAGACGCAUAACAAUCGCCCAGCAAUUAUUCGUUCGGGCUAUGCAAGGAGUGUAUAAUGCUGGACAGGCUCGAGAAUAUUUUCAUUUUCCACAUGGAGAUUCUAUUUUAUUUGCUGUUUGCAGUGCACAAUUGCUUUACGCAUACACUAUGCAACCCAAUACUAUACCACCGGAAUUCUUGCAUUUCAUGGUAAAAACUGCGGGAGUUUCACGGGAAACGUUAGCUUUUAACAAAAAGUUCGUCACAACAAAGAUGCCAAUAGAUGUGGAAGAGGCAUUAAAUAUACUUCGAAAAUAUAAGGGGACUGAGAAGGCAGUCAAAUUAGUCUCCGAAAUGGGACGACAUCCAGUUACCAUACCCUGUGCAAUCAUCCAUCCAACUACCGAUUCGUGCAUUUACACAGACAUCGAACGCUUUUAUAAAGUAUUUAAAGACAUACUACCGGUCUACACAGCUUUAAACACAGUUUCGAUCCCACUAGAUCGAAUACAGAAAAGCGCCUUUAAUACUGUUAGAUCUAGCGCAUUCUUAGCCACAUUUGUUUCGGGUUAUCUGACUGAAAUAUGUUUACAUCGAAAUUUGGUCACGGCUGGAUUAAUAGCCUGGGAUCACAAAUACCUGUAUUGGAUAACAGGUUUCAUUACGAGUCUAUCGAUUUUCCUUGAAGAUAAAAGACGACGAACAGAUUUGGCUUUGUAUGUGCUUCCGAAAGCUGCGGAGUCUUGGUAUAAGAUCAUGUAUCAACGGAAUUGGAUAUUUGAAUUGCACAAAAAUGCCGAUGUGUAUUUCUUUUCGGUUGCAAUGGGGAUAGUAAUGGCCUUUUAUCAACAUGAACCCGAAGUGCUAAGUCCCAUAGUGAGAACAGUUUUGAGAAAAUUUGCAGGGAAUAAUUAG